AUGUCAGAAUCCUUGUCGAGUGCAGUGCCGCUCUCUAAUGACGAUGAAGCUGUGUUACAGCAAGAGCUCGAUCUAACAGAUGCUACACCUGCUACAGCAGCAGCUGACCUGGGACAUGUCUAUGAACUCGAUGAAUGUGCUGCAAAACUCGCAGCAGCAGACUAUCGCCGUGUCGCACUUCAAUUCCCCGAUAACUUGCUCAAAGACGCUGCAGCAGUGACAGCUGCACUGCAAAGACGUCUGCCAUCUGUUGCUUUUUACGUCUUGGGCGAUACGAGUUAUGGUUCAUGCUGCGUGGAUGAAGUUGCAGCCGAACAUGUCGAUGCGCAAGCACUCGUUCAUUUCGGACGAGCGUGCUUGUCUCCGACUGCCAAGCUGCCCAUUUUUUAUGUACUUGGACGGUAUCCGCUUGAUAUCAAACAGCUUGUUGAGCAAGCAGAACGGCGAUUGCCCAGAAAGUCGCCACUAUUGCUGGUGACGGAGUCAACGUACAUGUCGUCACAGCCUGCUGUCGCUGUUGGAUUGAGAGAAGCAGGGUAUCAGGUCGUAGAGACCUUGCUGCAACUACAGACACAGGAGUCUCGCAGGACUUCGACGCUGCCUGGUCGUCUGUACACGCUGCAGGAGGGCAAGACACUGGAUGAUUACACACUAUUUUAUAUUGGCCCACCGAGUCCAACGCUAACGACGACACUCAUGACACACACGGCGCUCGUUGCGUCUUGUUACAGCUAUCACCCAAUACAUGGUACACUCAAGGGAGAAACGCUACAAAAUGCAGCCCUCAGAAGACGGUAUGCUACAGUCCUAAAAGCACGCGAUGCAGGCGUCAUUGGCAUUGUGGUUGGUACAUUAGGCGUGUCUGGUUAUGCGCCCCUCAUUACAGAGUUAAAACGACGCAUUCGACAAGCUGGCAAGAAACCAUACCUCUUUGCAAUGGGCAAGUUGAAUCCUGCAAAGAUGGCCAAUUUCCAAGAAGUUGACUUGUUUGUGCUUGUGAGUUGUGGCGAGCAUGCCAUUUUGAUGGAAGGCAGUCGAGCCUUCUACAAACCUAUUGCAACGCCUUUUGAAUUGUUGCUAGCAUUGGCUGCGAAACCGCAAGAAGCUGUUGCCUGGACGGGUCGGUGGACGACGGAUUUUGCGCAGGUGAUGCAGAUGCCUGAAGCGAAUACGCCACAAGAGGAUGUGGAGGAGGUGGAUAUGGAUGCACCGCAUUUCAGUCUAUUGACGGGAACCUAUGCGUCCACAGCCCGGCCCAUGCGACCCAUUUCUCACGCAACAGAUACUGAUGCUGCGUUGCUCAAGGUAUCCAGUGAUACACAGCUCGGUCUCGUUGGUGGCGUCUUAAGUCCUGCUGCUGCGUUUUUGAACAAUAAAAAGGCAUGGACAGGGUUAGGUGCGGAUCAUGCAAUGGCAGAAGAGCGUGGUGAAGACGAAUCUGUUGGAAAGGAGAGUUCUGUGCUGACUGAAGGGCGGACAGGAGUGGCUCGAGGAUACAACUAG